UUUGCAGUUUUAUUUUUUUCGUAUUUUUUUUUUUUUUUUUUUUAAAAAACAUUUCAAACUUCCCGACGCUAGCGCAAGAGUUGCCCUGAUUUGCCGGGAUCGCGUGAGCGUGCGGCGCCGAGGCCAUGCGGUGAGUCUUGUGAAGAAAACAAUCUGAAGACGAUGCAUCCGUGACCCCAAUCCCAGUUUGCGAGUCAGGGCGAUGGAAGUUGUAGAGCAUACUCCUCUCGCGACAGUUCCCAAUGGAUAUGCAAACAGGAUUUUCCAAGCGAACAUGGAGGAAGGGAGCACUGAUGCGCUGGAGGCUUGCGGUGCUGAGCACUGCACCUCCAGCGACGCAAUUCCAAGUGAGCGGGAGGAAGUACCCAGGUAUAAGAAGACAACCAAGGGCAACCGAAUCUGGAAUUUUGUCAGACGAAGGAAAGGACUCUCCACGAGUAAAGACAGACCUCAGUCCAUGAUCCUGCUGGGAGUUACCUCUGAGGUCUCGGAAUUGAAAAAGCCAUCCUUCAUGGAGAGGGUACGGUCGUCGAAAAAGGGAAGAUCCUCCAGGACACCCAAGAAUGUGGAUUUGAGAGCAUCCAGAGUGCAGAUGGCGUGUGACCCUGAGGAGGAGCCUCCUGCCAGUGGGCAGAGAGCUAUCUACAGGGUGAAGAAGCUGGGGGACAGUCGGAGGCCCUCCCGCCAUUCGUACGCGGGGUACAUUGAGGAUUUCGAUUCCUCUUUUGAAGACAUAGAGCUGAACAUCAGCAUUCCUGAACUUGAUGCCACUGAAAGUAAAUGUCUCAGGGAUAUUAGUGUCAGAUUACACAGUGAGGAUAAUGAUGGUAACUGCCACAGAAUACCAGCCAGAAAGAGUGAGUCUUUGAAUUUUGAAAACCUUAAGAGUCCUGCAGUUGCAGAAGGGGACAAUCAAAAGAGGUGUGCUGUGCUCCCACAGGAGAGCCGGAGAGGAAGGAGCUCUGAUGUCUGGAGCUAUCUGAAAGGAAUUUCAUUAACUAGCAAAGAUAAUUCAAAGCUUCCAGAUCAAAGGGCUGAAACCAAUUUCCAGAACUUAGAAAAUACAACUGAUCAUUCCUCUUCUUAUUUUGACUUUGAUACGAGAUGUGAGGAGAAUCCCAGACAGCGGAAAAAAUCCAACGGUGCUGCCAAGGCCCCUCACUUUGGGGGGGUUGUGAGGUUCCUGACGAGCGUGGCUGAGGCAGCUCGGAGGCUGCGAGGCUCCUCAAAGGCGUUUUCCCUCGAUGAGAAGAGGCCUCAGCGGAGUUUCCGAGGCUGGGGGCAGGAUGUUGCCUCCCACAGAGAGGGCUUGGUUAUUGAGAACGAGAGCGCAAAGGCCUUCUGCACGGUGGGAGCGUGUCUGCAGUCCCCAGAUUCAGGCACGUGGGAGAACCUGAGCUUUGAGAGUUUGGUGGGGAAGGAGCCCAUGCAGCAUUGCAGAACCACAGAAGGGUCCAAAGAGGUUGGUUCCUCUGCCCUGGGCAGCGGGAAUGACAGGGUUAAUGGAACAUCACUUUUUCCUUUUGGGCCAGAACCGUCCAUCUCCCACCUGCCAGAGCUUGCAGAUGGUUCUUUCACUGAGCUAAAUAGCAAAGACCCGUCUGAGGAUCUGAUUGAACUUCCCCAGACGACUCUGACUGACAUGAUUCAGAACUUGGGCAGUACUUCAGAAAAGACACAGGUCAUGGGCAGGGACCUGCCACCUUCUCAUGAUCUUCCUAUGAAUAGUCUGGAUGCUGUGGACCUGGGCCAUUCUCCAGCUGCCAGUGGUGACUUUCCUGCAGAAACUGAGGCUCAGAUCCACCUUCCACUGGCAUUGCCGACUAAACUUGAUACUGAGGACGUGUCUUGUGCUCCAGUGGUUGCUAAAGACAUGGAUCCGUCUCCAGCAGUGGCUCAGGAGCUUUCAAAGGCAGAACUGGAUAUUCAGGACUUGAGAAAUCCUGAGCUGCCUUUGCAAGACUUGUCUGGAGGUGAGCUGGGGAUUCAGGACUCAGGCAGUACUCCAGAGAAGGCACAGGCUGUGGGCAGGGAUGUGCCACCUUCUCAAGAUCUUCCUGUGAAUAAGCUGGAUACUGUGGACUUGGGCUGUUCUCCAGCUGCCAAUGGUGACUUCUCUGUAGUGACUGAGACUUCAAUCCACCUUCCAGAGACAACCGCAACUGAGGAGAUUGAAGAUACUGUCAGUGCUCUGGAGAAGAGUCAGGUCAUGGGCAGGGACCUGCCACCUUCUCAAGAUCUUCCUGUGAAUAUCCUGGAUGCUGCAGACCUGGGCUGUUCUGCAGUUGCUGACGUUGACUUCUCUGUAGUGACUUUCUUGAAGUGUUCAACAGUGAAAAGGCAGGUUUUGGAGCAGACUGAUGGCUGCUUUAAGAAGCAGGGGAUCACUUCAUUUGUAGAACAGAACUCUGUGGAGAUCACAGAAGGAGUGGAAGAGUUUAACUGCAGCUCAGAGUGCCAGCCUUUCCAAGUGCGCGUCUCCAGGAUUGUCUCCUCCGGGCGGCUCAAAAAUGGAAAGCCACUGUCCCAUCCUCCUCAGCCGUCCCCACAAGUGCCACCCUUCAAGGUCCUGGUGGAGAGGUGCCGCUCAGAGCCGCUGUCGCAGAGCACCCCACAGGGGCUGGACCAGCUGGGCGGGCGCAUGCAGCACCUGCUGCGGCGGCGUGCUGAGAACGAACAGGCUUCAAAGACUCUCAAGGUGCGCGGGAACUGCAGGAACGGUGGCCGUCGGUGGAACCUCUUCAAGCCUGGAGCUGAGAAGCUGCAGAUCAGUAGGCUGAUCAGUGGUGGUUCCAUUGUAAGUGCUGAGGCAGUAUGGGAUCACGUCACCAUGGCCAACCGGGAGUUGGCGUUUAAAGCAGGAGACGUUAUCAAGGUCCUGGAUGCUUCCAACAAGGACUGGUGGUGGGGUCAGAUCGAUGAUGAAGAAGGAUGGUUUCCAGCCAGCUUCGUGAGGCUGUGGGUAAACCAGGAGGAUGGGGUGGAGGAGGGGACCAGCGAUGUGCAGAACGGCCACUUGGAUCCCAGCGCCGACUGCCUGUGCCUGGGCAGGACCGUGCAGAACCGCGACCAGAUGAGAGCCAAUGUCAUCAACGAGAUCAUGAGCACCGAGCGCCACUACAUCAAACACCUCAAGGACAUCUGCGAGGGUUACUUAAAGCAGUGCCGGAAGAGGAGGGACAUGUUCAGUGAUGAACAGCUAAUCAUCUUUGGGAACAUCGAAGACAUCUAACAGAUUCAGAGUGCUUUGUCCGGGACUUGGAGAAACAGUACAAACAACGAGGACCCCCAUCUCAGUGAGAUUGGACCAUGCUUCCUGGAACACCAAGAUGGAUUCUGGAUCUAUUCAGAGUACUGUAACAACCACCUGGAUGCGUGCAUGGAGCUCUCCAAGCUGAUGAAGGACAGCAGGUACCAGCACUUCUUCGAGGCGUGUCGCCUGCUGCAGCAGAUGAUCGACAUUGCCAUCGAUGGCUUCCUGCUCACGCCUGUGCAGAAGAUCUGCAAGUACCCCCUGCAGCUGGCAGAGCUGCUCAAGUACACGGCCCAGGAGCACAGUGACUACAGGUAUGUGGCCGCUGCCCUCGCCGUCAUGAGGAAUGUGACUCUCCAGAUCAACGAGCGGAAGCGGAGGUUGGAGAACAUUGACAAGAUAGCUCAGUGGCAGGCCUCUGUCCUGGACUGGGAGGGAGACGAUAUCUUGGAUCGCAGCUCGGAGCUGAUCUACACGGGGGAAAUGUCCUGGAUUUACCAGCCUUAUGGACGGAACCAGCAGCGAGUUUUCUUUCUCUUUGAUCACCAGAUGGUUCUCUGCAAGAAGGAUCUGAUAAGAAGAGAUAUUCUGUAUUACAAAGGGCGCAUAGACAUGGAUAAAUAUGAAGUGGUGGAUAUAGACGAUGGGAGAGAUGAUGACUUCAAUGUCAGCAUGAAGAAUGCCUUCAAACUUCAUAACAAGGAGACUGAGGAAAUGCACUUAUUCUUUGCCAAGAAACUGGAGGAGAAGUUACGAUGGCUUAGAGCUUUCAGAGAAGAAAGGAAGAUGGUAAAAGAAGAUGAAAAGAUAGGCUUUGAAAUUUCUGAAAAUCAAAAGCGGCAAGCGGCAAUGACAGUAAAGAAAGUCAGUAAGCAAAAAGGUGUGAGCUACUCCAAGUCGGUUCCUCCAGCCUACCCACCACCCCAGGAUCCAUUAAAUCAGGGACAAUACAUGGUGACAGAUGGCAUAUCCCAGUCCCAGGUCUUCGAGUUCACCGAACCCAGACGCAGCCAGGCACCAUUCUGGCAAAACUUCAGCAGGUUAACACCAUUCAAAAAAUAAUACCUAGAGAGAUGGAGAAUUUUAACUUAAAAGAACUAAAAUUUAAAAAUAAAAAUAAAUAAAAUUAUAUUUAUAGAUGGACCUUUUUUCGGAGAAGCACUGUUGCAACUAAAUAUAUAUACAUAUAUAUAUGUAUACACACAUUUAAAAAAUAAUAAUAUAUACAUAUAUGUAUAUAUAUAGAAGGACCAAAAACUUUUUUUGUUGUUUUUGGGAAGUAAUCUGCUACUAGAUACUAGGAAGCACCAAUGAUUUCUAACCAUGUGACCUAUUUUAUUUUAUUCCAUUGGUCGGACAUCUGUUUGGUUUUUUUUUUCCUGUUUUUCUUCAUUUUCAUCCUGGUUGUCCUUGGCAUCCCAGAAUGCUUUCUCGCUUGUGUGACUCCGUCAUGGAAGUUCCUCAUGGACUACAUUGGUGUAUAUUUUCUUUGAUUUUAUUUAUGGGGGGGUUGUUUGUUUUUUGGAGUGCUGGGAGGUCUCUGCUCCCUCUCCCACCCUCUCCGUCCCUCCCUUGACUGUCCCCAGAGUCCCCAUCCCAGUGAAGACAUGGCCCCAUUCCCUGUCCUGCAUUCCCUGGUCUGACUCGUGCCUGUCUGGAUGUGCUCCCUGUGCUCCUGCUCCGCUGCGCAGUAUUUCUCUGGCUUUAACUGUUUUGUUGUGGGCAGGUGAAACCCAGCAGAAGGGGAAGCAGCUAUUUAGGAAGUGAGAGAUGGGUUUUCCUCAGUUAAUUUUUUGCAUUUUUUUAAGCACUGUCUUUUUCUCAAUUCAGUGUGAUUUGUUCACACUCGAGUAAGACUGAGAAAAGAAUAUCAGGGGCUUUUCUUUCUUUCGCAUUGAGCUUUGUUUCUCUGGGGUUAUCUUUGAUUUUAUUUGCUUUUCAAGCUGAGACACAACUCUGAAAAGCCCACUCCUAUCUUUGUGUUCCGUGCAAAGAUAAAAGCUUAAAAACUGAUGGCUUCAUGCCUCCAUUGCAGCUGGAGGAAAAUUGGCUACGAGGCUCCGACAAAUGGCCGGUUUUCCAUCUUCAGGAACUAAGGUCCCAUCCUUGGCCACACUCAGCCUGCAUAGUCCUGGUUAAUGAACCACUAAUUGCCAUUUGCAGGAGCAGUGAUCCCAAAAGUGGGGACUCACUGCACUCACUGCCUGCUCCACUCCGGGCAUCCCAGAUCCCUGGCUCCCAACACCCGUGAGCUGCCGGUAGUGACCCGUUAGUGGAAGGAUCCCUAGAGGGGUUCACCUACUGGGUAAACCCCCCGAGCUGCAGAGGAGCUGAGAGCUGCCUUUCAGGACAGAUCUGGAUGUGCCCUGAGAGGUGUAGCCGUGGUUGUGUGUCCUGAUCCAGAACAGUGCUCAGCUCACCCCCCAGGCCAUCCGUGACUCGCAGAGGUGUAUCAGUAUCCGCGGGCUCUGGAGUCAUUCAGCCAAACUCCCGGUCUCUUUCUCUCUCUUUUUCUCCCUCUGGAGAUUCACAGCUCUGUUUUUAAAGACACAUCCUACAAUUUCAGCCUUAAGUACAUUUGUUUGCAAGUGCAAAAGCUUAUGUUAAGCUUGUAAAACAAACCACUGUGCACGAGGAUGAUUUUUUUUUCCUAGGGCAAAUAAGACUGUUUAACCAGAUUUAGAAGAUGAAUUUAAAACCUUUUCAGAGCCAUUCUGCAAACUCCUUUGAAAAUGUGGGAUAAAGUGAUUGAUCACGGUAUUUGUCAUUUUCCUUUGAAUCUGAUACACCACAUAAGCACCCCGGGCCAGCGAGUGUGGAGAUACAUUUUUUUUUUUUCCCCUAAGAAAUACAAUGGGAAGAGCAGAGAGCGUGAUUUCAUUAUUUCCAUGGAGCCUGUUUUAUUUCAGGGCAUAUUGCAAGGGUGGCAUUAUUUUUAUCUAAGUCAAAAAAUAAUCUCUCAUAUACUUUUGACUAAUCUAGAAACUAUCAAUAACCAGCAAAGCCAGAUUAGUGUUUUGGAGUGGAUAAGUGGCCCCUCUGUGACAGGCAGCAGCCAAACACCAGGAAUCCCAAAUAGGAAGCAACCUAAUUUUAUAUCAGAAAUUAUUUUUAUGCUCUUUUGUAUCUUUGCAUUUUUAUGGUCAGAUUUUAAUACGGGAUACGUAGCAAAUAUUAUUUUGUUUCUUUAACAGAAUGGGUAUUUAACGAAGUGAAUGAGAGGGGUUCUCGGCAGUUAACUGGAAUGUUUUACUCUUUCUGAAUGACUGGAGAGAUGCAGAGAGAGAGAGAGAGAGAGAGAGAAAGAGAGAGAGAGAGAUUCCAAAAUGUUGUCAACAUGAUGAAAAUUUCACUUAUUCCUUUGCCUUUUUAAUUGCUUAGGGGAAAAAAAAAGUAACAAGCACAUUAGUUAAGCCUGUUCAUUUACUGUUUUGUGCCUCAGAGAGUGAGAAUGAGACAUCCAUAAUUUUUAUGAGAAGAUGCUUCCUAAAUAUUCAGCACUAGGAAAAACGAAACACCACCGCCACACCAUUAUUUGCAUCAUAAGUCAAGACUCGCUUGAUCUGACAAGGCCACUUGUUGGACUCGCAGCUUCUUUCUUAAGUGGGAAGCCCACCCGAGCCAGCACUGCCCGAGCAGAGCAGCUGCAGGCAUGUGUUCCAGAGGGAAGAGGGGCUUGGCUCUCAGGCAGUGGCAUCCGGGAAAGCUCUUCCCCUCCAUAAAUUGCCAGAGGUGCUGCAGGAGAUGGAGCAUUGGCACAAAGAAGAACCAGCACUGGGUCCCACUUUCCCACCUCCUGUGGCUUUCCCAGUAGGGAGCAGGGCUGGGUGCGCGGCGGGAGCGGCACGGAUGCAGAUUGGGUGAUUUGACUGAGCAUCUGAUAACAGACUUUCAUUUCAAUGCCAGACAGGAGGAACCCACUUACCAUUCCAUGUGCAGAAACAAGAGAGUUGUAACAAACUUAAAUGUUUACGGUAUUUCUCUGGCUGAAUCUAUACAUAUAUAUAUAUAUAUAAAAUAAAGAUACCUUCUUCCCUAGGUAAAUGACAUGCAUUACCCCUUGACCUAGACACUAGAACAGAGGAUCUAAAUUCAAGACUUUCGCCUCCCCACCCUCUCCAAAAAGUCAAACAAGAACCAACCUAGGUGCAUCUAACAGUUGUAAAUAGAAAAUAAUACAUAGAGAAAUAUAUUUGAAAUUUGUUUCAGUUUCUGGAUGGGCACUAGCCAUCCAUUGCAAUGUUAUUGAUAGUACACUGUGGUGCUUUGGGUUUCUGGUUUUGUUCUCUUUAUGCUCUGUCAUCUUUUCAUUGCAGCUACAUUUCAGGGAACAUGUAUAUUUAGUAGCUAUUGUAAGUUCUGCAUGGCAUCACCAAGCUUAUUUUUCCUUAAGAAGAAAAGAAGAGUCUGUAGGAGUUUAAAGGCACUAUGACGACAGGGACUUGUAGCAGAGAAUUUAAAAAAAAAAAAAAAAAAGGUUUUUAAAAUUCUAGUUUGAAGCCAAAUACUGAUAUUUUAGUGCUUUUGGGGUUUUAAAAGUAAGAGAAAAAAAAAAAGAAAAAAAAAGAAAAAAAGGAUUUUGGUAACCCAGCUGAUCCGCACUUGCCAGUUUUAUUAUUUUGUUUAUAUUGGACUGUUUGACCCUGUCAAACAAGUGUCAAAGUUGUGUGUAUAAAACAAAAAAAGUGUUUAAAAAAGUGUUGUAAAGACACUGAGCCUUAUGAAAAUAUUUAUGGAAUUAAAUAAAAAGAAGUGAAAAGGCA